AUGUUCGGUGGAAGCAUUGAGCGGUCCUGCCGCGUCUGCCGGGACAACGCAACCCGGAAGUCGCUGGGCUACGGGUAUGUGAACUACUACAGCGUCCAGGACGCCGAGAGGGCUCUCGAAACGCUGAACUACAUGAGCAUCAAGGGCAAGCCAUGCCGCGUGAUGUGGAGCCAGAGGGAUCCCGAGCGCCGGAGGAAUACCGCCAGCAACAUCUUCGUGAAAGGGUUGGAUCCGACGAUCGACAAUAAGGCCUUGCACGAUACCUUUAGCGUCUUCGGGAACAUCCUCUCUUGCAAGGUGUCGACAGACAACAACGGCAAGUCACGAGGCUAUGGCUUCGUCCACUACGAGGCCGAGGAAGCGGCGAAGAUCGCCAUAGAGAAAGUCAAUGGCAUGAAAAUCGCCAACAGCACGGUCUUCGUAGGCCCCUUCAUCAAGCGCGAGGAACGAGGUGAAGAGACCAUCGUGGAGAACUACACCAACCUCUACAUCAAGAACAUGCCUCCUACAUGGGACGACGCCAAAGUGGCGGCACUGUUCGGUGAGUUCGGCGAGGUGUCCUCCUCCGUGCUUUUGAACACAGAGGACGGCAAGAGGUUUGCGCUCGUCAACUACAAGACCGCAGAAGCUGCCAAAGCGGCAGUCGACGCACUGCAUAGGAAGGACAUGCGCCCGGAGCUCGGGGAGGAGGCAGCCACCGAAACCCCGAAGGAAGCCGCCGCUCCAGAUGCUGACAAAGGUGAGGACUCCAAAGAAGGCGAGGAGGAGGAGAAGGACCCCCGUGACUCCAAACGGUCCGGCCGACGGUCCUCCUCGAUUUGA